ACGUCAAACGCACGUGAAGCACUGCUGUUGAUAAAGUAAACAAAACAUUUAUUGCACGGUUUCUAGAGGAUUUCACGUGCAUCAACAUUCGGAAUGCCUGUGCAACGAUUGUUCGUGGGUAACAUCCCACAGGGGACCAGCGAGCAGGAGUUGAAGCAAGAAUUCUCGGCAUAUGGGCCGGUGACGGCGAUCGAUUUAAAGUGUAAACCGAACCCGCUGACCAACUCCGUUGAUACGUUCGCUUUCGUUAAUAUUGAACUGGAUGAGCGAGCGGUACGGACCUGUAUCAACGAAUUUCGUCAGGAACAGUAUAAAGGUGUCUAUUUGAAUGUGUCCAAAGCGAAAGAAUCCUUUCUGGAUCGAUUGAAGCGUGAACGAGAAGAAGCGGAAGCGAGCAAACAGACCAGUGAACUCCUCAAUCCGUACAAGAAAAAUGAACAGGCUGGUAAGCAGGAGAAAAAAGAACCUGAAGUACUGCCGGUUUUACCUACGAUUAAGAAAAACGUCGAGUCCUCUAGUUCUGAAUCAAGCUCAGAAAGUGAAGACGAACAGCCGGGACCUGUCCAAGCUGAGCCGAGAAACCGAGCGCCAAAGCCCAACGAGGAGGACCAGAUAGUACGAAAAUGGAAUCAGGAAACGUACCUCGAACAUGGAAAGCUAAAAAUUGUUCCCAUCACGGGUCAAGUGAAGGAAGUUAUCGAAAAAGGGCGAAACCGGAAAGGGCUCCAGCAGGACAAGGAACUUAGUGAAGCGGCUCGCCAGGCGGACGAGAAAAGAAAGCGUGGUCUGACUAAUUUGCAAAGCGCGUACGAGCAGCAGAAGCAGGCGAUUAAGGCGGCACUAGCGGGCGCAGAAGCGUCCGGCCGGAAGAAGAUCGUGUUCGAUGAUGAUGACGACGAACCGGCUGACAAACGAAGCAAAUUGUCACUGUUUGAUAACGAGGCUGAUGAGGAGGAUGGCUUUCGGGGGAAUUUUUCCGGCCGGCUGCAGCAGGUGGAUAAUUCUGAAGAGGGACAACGUUUGUUCGAAAUGCAAACUCAGUUUUACGGUGAUUCGCGUUUUAAACUGGAUGAACGUUUUCUGGGCGACGAGGAAGCUCCGGAUAGUAAGAGAAGAAAGAAAUCUGGUUUGGAGAAAUCUGUUAAGAGCGAAGCUCAACCUAGCAAUCUGGAGCGGAAGAAACAGUUGGAAAUUCUUUCGAAAGUGACAGGAAAGGAUAUUCAGGAUAGGUCACACUUUAAAAGCGAGGAAAACGAACGAAAAGUUAUGCAACGUUUUGACCCAUCAGCGCAAGUUAAUGUUACUAAUAAGAUCUCCAAAAAGGAGAAAAAACCUUCGGAGGAAGAGUUGCUUGAACUGAAAAAAGCCGAACGUCCAGCGGAAGAUUUCAAAGUCACCGAUGAAAAGUACUACAAAGUCUCGGAUAGUAUAAAGGAGGUAAUCGGAAGUUCCUCCGGUGGUGGAUUCAGCUUACUUGGGAUGUUCGGUAGUGCCAAUCCGGCAGAUGAGGAAGACGAGAUGGAAAACGUUGCAGAGGAGGAUUCUGAAAAGCCUGUCGACAGUAUGGCUCGCUUCAAGUACGAGUCAUCGGCCAGUGAGGAUGAAGAUACAAAAAACAAAACCGGAGACGCUGGUGAGAAGAGCAUUUCGGAAGCAAUGGAAGAAAAUAAUGACAACAAAAAGAAGAAGAAAAAGAGUGGCCAUUUCUCCAAACCAAUAGUUUGGAGAGAAAAUUUCUUCUUUCUACCCGGAGAUGCUCGCCAGGAAGAAGGGAAACGAUUCUUUUGUGAGUUUGCCAACCCGAGAGCCGAAGAGGCAGCGGAUGAAGGCGACGACGUAGGAAAAAUCAGAAAGAUUUACAAGAAGCGAAAAAUGCGGGAAACCAAAAAUGUCAACCAGAUACGCGCGAGAAGAGGUUUAAAACUAAUGCACCCAAAACGAAAAUAAAUGUUUUUUUUUCUGAAAAUUACUGAAA